CGCCGCCGCAGGCCGAGUCCGACUGGAGCUUCAUCGACUGCGAGAUGGAGGCGGUGGCGCUGCGGGACCUGCCCGCCGCCACCAUCGCCUGCAACCUCGACCCGCGCCUCUUCCAGGACAGCCUGUGCCGGAGCCUGCAGAGCUCUGCACUGUUAUGAGCAUUACAAACACAGAGUGCAUAAUCCUGGAGUAUUUGGAGAGCUACAAAAAGAACAAAAUGAGUGGGGAACCUUGGCUGUUCCUUGGAGGAUGAAUUGCUCGCAUCUUUAAAGAAUACAGAACUCUUCAGAAAGUCUCACGCAGGACUUUCUUUCUCAAUUGUGAUUAAUAGUAAUUUUGGGCGAUCCAGCCUACCCAUUGCUCAUGAAGCUGUACACCAGCUACCUGGACAGCACCAAGGAAUGAUCAGUUGUGACGAAAUGUGGCAUUUCUUAGAUUCUGAAUGAAUACAGUGUGCCUCAGUUUCCCCUAUGUGUUGCAUGCUUAACUACGUGGUGAGAUGUGUUUUGAUCUUUGCAAAGACUCCUAGAGGAGGAGGUGGUGAUUGUCUAGCUGCCUGGGCCCAGACAAUGGCUAGACAUUUUGUAACUUAGAAACUGAUGGCCGGGGGGCACAUCCUCUGCAAGAAGCCAGCGGCUGCGUCAAGUUGAAGAUCAAAGGAGGUGGAGGCCAGGUGACCAGGUUUUUCCUGGGAAACACAACAAAGGACAGAGGGACAAAUGAUCAUGACUGAGUGUGGGCUGCUGGAAACAGGACAAUCUCCUUCUUGUGGGUUUUGGAGAGGGAGCCCAGGCUCGGGACCCAACCAAGCUGGACUUUGCUGGGACUCCCUGCUUUCUGUGCUAAUGAAGAACUUUCUUACGCUGUGUUCCAGACAACUAAUAAACCCUUCUCUUUUACAGCUCUGUCUGAGACUCACUGCUGAUUGCAGAAGCAUGCACCAUUUGAGUGCGUAAGGCUUCCCCAGGUGUCCCGUUCAGAUGAACCUACUGUGGGGAGAUCAUGGCGUGGAACGGGGGUGCUGAAAACUCCGAGGCCAAAUUUGAAUCUCUCUUUAGAACAUAUGACAAAGAUAUCACCUUUCAGUAUUUUAAGAGCUUCAAAAGAGUACGAAUAAACUUCAGCAACCCUUUAUCAGCCGCAGAUGCUAGAAUCCAGCUACAUAAGACAGAAUUUCUUGGAAAGGAAAUAAAACUGUAUUUUGCUCAGACUUUGCACAUUGGAAGCUCGCAUUUGGCUCCACCAAAACCAGACAAACAGUUUUUGAUUUCACCUCCAGCCUCUCCUCCUGUUGGUUGGAAACAAGUAGAAGAUGCUACGCCAGUCAUUAACUAUGACCUUCUUUAUGCUAUCUCCAAGUUAGGGCCAGGAGAAAAGUAUGAACUCCAUGCUGCAACUGACACUACUCCCAGUGUUGUUGUCCACGUAUGUGAGAGUGACCAGGAAAAUGAAGUGGAGGAGGAAGAGGAAGGCAUGAAGAAACCCAAACCAAAAAUUAUUCAGACAAGAAGGCCGGAGUAUACUCCUACUCAUUUAAGUUGAAGUGGUUCUAACUUUCAAGGGUUUCAAGUAGACGUAUACAAGAAAAAUGCUUACUAUGGAAGUGUCAGGUCACAGUUUUGGUGGCAGUGGCUGCAGCAAUAGUAGGAGAUAUUCCAAUGUAAUUUAACUCAGAAAACACUGGAAGUUUCCUCAUUGUUUUUAAUGCUGCACGUUGGUUAAUAUGUAUGGAACUAAAAUAAACUUCCAGAUCAGAGUUAGGGUGAUCAGAAAAAGGCAUUUUGAGAAACCUUCCUUUUUAAGGAUUCCUACGUUGCUUCAUUAUAAAACAGAUGGGGAAAGCUUUCUUUGUUCUAUCUCACACAAUACGCCUCUAAUUCAUAGGCUAGACAUAUGUGAAGUACAUGUGAUACUGAGAUGGUUUAAAGAUAUGGGAAUUGUAAACAUUUUUCUUUAGGUUGUUUUGUGCAUGUUGUUUACUGAUGUUCAAAAAUAACUUUGCGUUAUUUUCUAUAUAGUUUCUCACUUCACGCUUUUUGAAAUCUGGGAAGUUGUCUUCAAUGCUUAUCUCUCAGCAUCCUGGGUUUCUUACUGUAUGUAUGUUUUAUUGGUACCCAGUUUCCAGUGGACAUACAAUUUAUGUAGCACCUUAUUUUGGUGCAAUAUAAUUUGUGCUUUUAAAAUUUUAAUCUGUUGAUAAAUGCUUAUGUGGGGUUUUGUCUAGCAAAGUUAUGGAAAAAACUGUGCAAUAGGAAAAUUGUUCAAGUAAGUGGAUUUUAAGUUAUUUAAACUUUAAGUUAUACGUUUUUAAGUAAUGCUGGUUCAAUUAUUUUGAUUUUCUCCUUUUUGAAAAACAAAAUUCUUAAACAUGUAAAUAAAGCUAGUACUAUAUAUUCA